CAGAGAAGAAUUUGGCUCGUGUGGCAGUUCAAACCUGCAGGUGAUGAGCAGCGCUAUGCUGGUCCAGAGUUUGAGUCCGGUCUCUCCAACUGUCCAACAGACCCCAAAUGCUCCACCUCAUUCUUUGGGCCUUGUUGUUCCCUUCACAGAUGCCAGGUCUUUGCUGUCCAGAGAGUCUUUAGCUUCCACCACCCUCAGCAUCGCUGAGACGCAGUCGAUACGCAGCAGUAAGUUGGAUUGGCCCUACGGUUACCGUGUUUUACCACCGCUGGGGCUUCAGCCAGUGCCCAAUCAGGCUUCAGAAGCAGCUGAUCUCAAUCUUGUUCCUGGGACCUCCAUGUCUGAAGCCACCAGCAUCUCCAACCCCACGUCUCUCCCCCACUAUCUCUUCAAAGACGACACAAGUAGUCCGCGUCUCUCAGCACGCUCCAAAAAGAGAGCCUUAUCCUUGUCUCCUCUCUCUGAUGGCAUCGGCCUCGACCUCAACUCCAUCAUCAGAACCUCGCCCACGUCGCUGGUGGCAUACAUCAUCGGUUCUCGCACCUCACCGGCCUCGCACCCCACGCUGUCACCGCUGCAGUCGGAUGUUUGCGGGCACCUGCUGGGCAUCAGAGGAAGCUGCAUCCCUCAUCCCAACCCUGGCAAACACGUUCCCAAAAACGUCCAGACUGUGAACGGGGCUCGCCAACUUGAUAGCGAGAACUUCCGUAUGCAGCAGUUAGAAGCGGUGGCAACUGUAGAAGACCAAUUCACAAAUUUAAUGGUGGAGCACCAGCUUUUGCCCGAACAGGAGAUCCAAACUGCGACAACCAGUGCCUCCAACAGCUUGUCGCCCUCAAUACAGCUGCAGUUUGAACUGGCCGCCAUCAUCCGGACACCCAGCCCACCCAGGGGUCCACCUCCACCGUAUCACGCCCAUCAACAUGUGCUAAGGUCUCACAGCGAGCUUCCGGCUCACGUUCAGAGCCCUGCAGUCUCUCAGGGCCCUUCAGACAGCGUCAGGGCCCUUCCUCCAACUAUCUGCUCGAUGCUUGAGGAAGAUGAAGGUGAGGCAGAUGAUUUUAACAGUGGCCAUUGCUGCCGUUGGCUCGAUUGUCGCGUCGUUUACGACCAGCGAGACGAGCUCGUCAAACACAUUGAGAAGAUCCAUAUUGACCAGCGCAAGGGCGAGGACUUCACCUGUUUCUGGGCCGGAUGUCCACGCAAACACAAGCCUUUCAACGCUCGAUACAAACUCCUCAUUCACAUGAGGGUGCACUCUGGAGAGAAACCCAACAAAUGCUCGUUUGAGGGUUGUCAGAAGGCGUUCUCGCGACUCGAGAACCUCAAAAUCCACCUGAGGAGCCACACGGGUGAGAAACCGUAUGUGUGUCAACACCCGGCCUGUCAGAAAGCCUUCAGCAACUCCAGCGAUCGCGCCAAACACCAGCGCACGCACGUCGACACGAAACCGUAUGCGUGUCAGAUCUACGGCUGCACGAAACGCUACACAGACCCCAGCUCGCUGCGCAAGCACGUCAAGUCCCACUCCUUCAAAGAGCAACAAGCCAGAAAGAAGUUGAGACGCAGCACUGAGAUCAAUCAGGACGGACUCACUGAAUGUUUGACCAUUCAGCCACUGCAGCAUAACCUCUCCCCACUGGACCUGAUUGAGACCAAGCACCAGUCACCCACUGAUGAUAUGUACACAGGUGUCUUUACUGUAAACCAGCCCAGCCAAACUCCUAACCUGCACAGUGCAAUGCAGAUCACAGCUGGUCCACAGACCCACCAGAACCAUCAGAAUCUGCUCUCCCCAAACGGACCCCAUAUGCCAUUGCCUCGCUUACUGCAGAAUAACAACAGGUUUAGGGUUCCCGAGUUGCAUCAUGUGACCACCGGCCCCCCACCGCUGCUGCCCGCUUCAGUUCUUCGGUCAUCGCAUCACACGGUGACCCAGAACACCCACAAACUACCCAGAUACUCCAACCAUCCCAGAUCACCUCACCCCGCUCUUCAUAACAAUUUCUCUGGUGAUGCUCAGAGCAUGUUCUCAUACAGCGACUCACCGCUCGCUGCCAAGCACAUCACGUCCUGUUCCAUGAUGCAGAUGAACAUGUUUGAGGACAAUCCGUGUUCUUCAGACUCGUCUCAGCAGAACCUCGAGCUGGUCCACAGAACUCUGUCAGGCGACUCUGCAGUGUUUGAUUGCCCGGCCCCAACCGAGGAGUUUUUGGAUGAGCAGGUGCCUUCAGUUUCCGAAGACAAUUAUCUUCACAUCCGCAUGGUGGAAAGAUGCUCGAGCCAGAUCUCAUGUGUUUAUACCGAAGGGUGAACGUUACUUGAGCCACGUAAAUCAAUGAGGUAGAACUGGGAAGAAUUUUCCUCUUGUAAGCCCAAUCAGUGAGAGGAAUUUGCCCCAAAAAGUAUUUGGACACUUAAAGAAAUAGUUCACCCAAUAAUGACAAUUGUCUCAUCAUUUACUCACCCUCAUGACGGCUCAAACUCGCAUGACGUUCUUCCUUUUGCUACACAAAUGAAGAUAUUGUUAUGGAGAUAUGAGGUGUUUUCAACCUGGUCUCACAGAAUGAACGUUACUCUACUGUAUAUACAUUUUUGCAAACCGACUUGUAUGUGCCGCUGCAGUUUCCUGGUGAAUAUGAACAGACCCACCUACAUAUACACACUUAUUCCUAUGUUAUUAGCUUGCUUGGUAGCUCACCUGAUAGAGCGUUGGACUGUGGGAUCAACAGCCGUGGUUCAAGUCCACCCAAAGAUGCUCAAAAGUGAAAGAGGCAUAGAAGAGACACAAAAUGACGUGGUUGCUUCAGUUAAUGUGUGUCUUUUGGGCAGUGGUAGCUUAGCGGUUAAGGCUCUGGGUUACUGAUCAGAAGGUCAGGGGUUCAAGCCCCAGCACUGCCAAGAUGCCACUGUUGGGCCCUUGAGCAAGGCCCUUGACCCUAUCUGCUCCAGGGGCGCCGUAUCAUGGCUGACCCUGCACUCUGACCCCAGCCUAGCUGGGAUAUGUGAAAAAGAAGAAUUUCACUGUAUAUGUGCAAAUGUAUAAUGUGUGAUGAAUAAAGAAAAUUAUUAUUAAAUUAUUAUUAUUUCGAAUUUGCAUUUUAAAACACUAUCGGUUAGGUGUUGGUUUAAGGUAAGGAUGUUUGUUUUGUAAAACUCUCAUUUAUCUUUUCGGUCACUAAUGUUUAGGUUUAGGGUAAACCUUUAGGUUAGGGAGGUACGUUUUACUUAUUAAAACCUCCAUUUAAAAUUCACCUUAACCUCAUCUGACUACAACCUCAUUUCACUUGGUUUUGGCGCCCCCUGCUGGACAUUUCACCUUAAAAAUGCAGCCAAACGUGUAAUGAAGCGCGUAAUCACAGUUUUCCAAAACGUUGCAAUGCUCACGUACAUUUCAUGAGACCAGGCGGAGUAUUUUUUUCCAUCCAAUACAAGUCUAUGGGGUCGAAACACUUUCAAGCUCCAAAAAGGACAUAAAGGCAUUAUAAGGUAAUUCAUACAACUCCAGUGGUUUAAUCCAUGUCUUCUGAAGCGCGUACAGCGCUCUGCGCACGCAUCAAGCACGAGGAAGUGUAAUAGAGCUUCAAAUCAUGAUCACGCCAAGGAGACUGCUGAUGUCAAUAUGUCCGGUGAACAAGGAGUUAUAUUUUGGUCUGUUCUCACCCAAAACCACUAUUAAACAACUGGAAUUGUAUGGAUUACCUUUUAUGAUGCCUUUAUGUCCUUUUUGGAGCUUGAAAGUGUUUGACCCCAUUGACUUGCAUGGCAUGGACAAGCAGACAUCAUAUCCUCCAUUAAAAUAUCUUUGUGUUGCAGAAAAAAAGAAAGUCAUACAAGCUUGAAACAACAUAAUGGGUGAGUAAAUGAUGAGAGAAAUAUCAUUUUUGGGUGAACUGUUUCCUUUAAGUCACUAAAAAUGUGUGAAUGUGAAUAAAACUAUUGUUUUAUGAUUUCAAAUCUAACAAACUUCUUUUUAUCAAAUGUUUUGCUUUAAAAAUGAUAGGUCUGUUUGCUUAAAAGUGCUACCUUUCGUUUUUAAUGAGUAACAAAUGCUUUUAUAUUUUAUUAUCAAAUGCAUUAAGUGUGACUUUGGAGUCACUGUAUGUAAACAGUAUAUGCAGAAAAUGUCAAAACACUGACAAUAAAAUGCACUUCUCAAAUAAAAGCCAUACUUUUAUCCAUGAACACGAGUUGCCAUUGAUGUUUGUGUAUGAGAGCAUGGCAACACUUUUGCUGAUCAUUGAAAACAGUGAUUGUUUAUUGUAUUUAUGGAUCAUUUGUGUUUUCCAUAUGUUCUAUACCCAUCCAUUAGUUUGUAUGCUACUAAAAUAUCAUAAUGAAAUCCAUUUAUUGCUUUUUCUUUAAUGCUUAUAUCCAUGUUAAAAUCUCGAGCAACCUAUCUGGAACAUUUUAUUUUCUUGGCAGAAAAUGCACAUUUAAAAGUUGUUUAUUGUUUUAGCUUUUGCACAGAAACACACAAUCUUCGUUGUAAGAAUUCAGAGUAAAGUGGUUUCAAUGAGCGUUUUUAAAUCUCGCCAGGCUCUCUUUAUUCAGCACAUGUGGCCAGAAUUAAACAAAAGUGACUGAUUUUUUCAUUUACACAUGCAACACAUGGGCUAUGUUCAGAGUAGCAUGCUGUUAUACUACUCUUAGUGUUGAUGCAGUGUAAUUUAUUGAGGCAAAAAAGUUAUCCAAUACCAACUGGGCCUGUUUGGAAAAAGUAUUCACCCCCUUAGUUACUAAAUCCCCAAAUCUAUGAAACUGCAUUCAUAAUGAGGUUCAGCUGGACUAGACACACCCAGACCUGAUUACUGCCAGCCCUGUUCAAUCAAAUCAACACCUAAAUAGGACUUUUACAGCAGCAUGAAGUUGACUAUAAGGUCUCAUCCAGUAGCACACUAUGCCAAAAUCGAAAGAAAUUCCAGAAAUAAUGAGGAAAAAGGUGAUUGAAAUACAUCAGUCUGGGAAGGGUUACAAAGCCAUUUCAAAGGCUCUGGGACUCCAAAGAACCACAGUGAGAGCCAUUAUCUCCAAAUGGAGAACACUUGACACAGUAGUGAACCUUCCCAGAAGUGGCUGACCUUCCAAAAUUCCUCCAAGAGCACAGCGACGACUCAUCCAGGAAGUCACAAAAAAGCCAAGGGCAACAUCCAAAGAACUGCAGGCCUCUCUCGCAUCAAUAAAGGUCACUGUUCAUGACUCCACUAUCAGAAAGACACUGGCCAAAAAUGCCAUCUAUGGAAGAGUGACGAGGCGAAAAUCACUGCUAAUGAAGAACAUUAAGGCUCGUCUGAAUUUUGCCAAAACACUCCUUGAUGAUCCUCAAUGCUUUUGGGAGAAUGUUCUGUGUACGAUGAGUCAAAAGUGGAAGUGUUUGGAAGACAGGGGUCCCGUUACUUCUGAUUUAAAUCAAACACAGAAUUCCUCAAAAAGAACAUCAUACCUACGGUCAAGCAUGGUGGUGGUAGUGUGAUGGUGUGGGGAUGCUUUGCUGCUUCAGGGCGACUUGCAAUAAUUGAGGGAAACAUGAAUUCUGCUCUCUACCAGAAAAUCCUAAAGGAGAACGUCCGGUCAUCAGUCCGUGAGUUGAAGCUCAAGCACAACUGGAUUAUACAGCAAGACAAUAACCCAAAGCAUAGGAGUAAGUCCACCUCUGAAUGGCUCAAAAGAAGUAAAAUUAAAGUUUUGGAGUGACCUAGACAAAGUCUUGACUUGAACCCGAUUGAGAUGCUGUGGCAGGACCUUAAAUGGGCAGUUCAUGCUCGUAAAGUCUCCAAUGUGGCUGAACUAAAGCAGUUCUGCAAAGAACAGUGGGCCAAAAUUCCCCCACAGUGUUGUGAAAGACUGAUCUCCAGUUAUCAGAAGCAUUUGGUUGCAGUUGUUGCUGCUAAAGGUGGCACAACCAGAUAUUAAGCUUAAGGGGGCAAUUAGUUUUUCACAUGGGUGAUAUAGGUCUGGAUAAAUUUUUUUUGCUUCAAUAAAUAUAUUUGUGCGUGUGUGUGAAAACUGUAUUUUCAGUUUACUCAGGUUGUCUUUGUUUUAUGUUAUAUCUCGUUUGAAGUUCUAAAACAAUUUAGUAUGAAAAAUACACAAAAACAAAAAUCAGGAAGGGGGCAAAUACUUUUCCACAGCACUGUACCUGGAUGACUUACAUAUGUCAAAAUGUAUUAUACAAAAGAGCACACUGUGCAGUACUGUUUCUCACAAUGAACUUGAAUUUACCAUCGAUUUUCAGUGUGAUGAAUGAACCGGAAGCAAUAUCACCCCUGAUUAUUAGAAGAUUCCUCCCACAAAACUACCGUUUGACCAUGAAAACAUGGCACACGAGUCAUUUAAACUACAUUUAUGAUAUUUUAUAGUGCUUUCUUGUACAUUUUGAUGCUUGACAGUAUCCUAAAUCACCAUCCAUUUUUGUUGUAUGGA